GAAAAUGAAAUAUGAUGAUUCGGUGAAUCAACCACAAGACAUGCAUGAAAGCGUGUAUCCUGGUGUCAGCCAUGAUGACCUCAACCAAUUAAGAUCCAAUCUGAAGAAAAAGUUUCAGUAUCUUUAUGAAGGAACAACAAAGCAAGGAAACCAAACACUCUUAAAUGAGAUCUACAUAGAGCUCUACAUCACAGAGAGUGAGAGUGGAGAGAUCAGUAAUGAACACGAGGUGAGACAGCUUGAGACACAAUCCAGGAGAACAGCAACAGAGGAAACACCAAUCAAAUGCAGUGAAAUCUUUACAGCUUUACCUGAACGAGACAAACCCAUCAGAACUGUGCUGACAAAAGGAGUCGCUGGCAUUGGAAAAACAGUCUCUGUGCAGAAGUUCAUCCUGGACUGGGCUGAAGGACAAGAGAAUCAGGACGUCCAGCUCAUAUUUCCACUUCCUUUCAGAGAACUCAAUCUGAUGAAGGACAGAACACUCAGUCUUUCAGAUCUUCUUUAUGACUUUUUCCCUGAAACAAAAGAAAUAGAAAUAUCUAGUGACAAAUAUAAAGUGUUGUUCAUCUUUGAUGGUCUGGACGAGUGUCGUCUGUCUCUGGAUUUUCGGAGUAAUGUGAGGUUGUGUGAUGUAAGUGAAUCAGCAUCAGUGGACGUGCUGCUGAAGAACCUCAUUGUGGGGAAUCUGCUUCCCUCUGCUCUCAUCUGGAUCACCUCCAGACCAGCAGCAGCUGAUCUCAUCCCCUCUGAGUGUGUCCAUCGAGUGACAGAGGUACGAGGCUUCAGUGAGCCACAGAAGGAGGAAUACUUCAGGAAGAGAAUCAGUGAUCAGAGUCUGGCUGAUAGGAUCAUCUCACACCUGAAGUCUUCAAGGAGUCUCUACAUCAUGUGCCACAUCCCAGUCUUCUGCUGGAUUUCAUCCACUGUUCUGGAGAAGAUGUUGAGUCAAGCAGAGAGUGGAGAGAUUCCCAAGACUCUCACUCAGAUGUACACACACUUCCUGAUGGCACAGAUUAACAUCAAAGACAUGAAGUACAACGAGAAGAAGGACACAGACAAAGAGAUGGUUUUCAAUUUAGGAAAACUUGCAUAUGAGCAACUGAAAAAAGGCAAUGUGAUCUUCUAUGAGGAAGACCUAAGAGAGUGUAGCAUUGAUGUGACAGAAGCAUCAGUUUACUCAGGAUUGUGCACUCAGAUCUUCAGAGAGGAGUUUGGCUUGAAUCAAGUGAAGGUCUUCUGCUUUGUUCAUCUGAGCGUUCAGGAACAUCUAGCAGCUCUAUAUGUGCACCUCUCCUGUACAAACAACAACAUAAAUGUGUUUGACUCAGACAGAAAACUUGGUUUGUUUUCUAGAAUUAAGAACUGGUUUCUAUCAAAACAGGUUUCAUUAUAUGAGCUGCAUCAGAGUGCAGUGAAUGAGGCUCUACAGAGUACAAAUGGACAUCUGGAUCUUCUCCUGCGGUUUCUUCUGGGUCUGUCAGUGAAGUCUAAUCAGGGUCUUCUACAAGGACUAAUGAAACAGACAAGAGGGAGCUCUGGGAGCAACGAGGAAACAGUUGAGUACAUCAAGAAGAAGAUCAGCAGCAGUCGCACUCCCAAAAAAUCCAUCAAUCUGUUCCACUGUCUGAAUGAGCUUGGUGAUCAUUCAAUAGUGGAGGAAAUACAACAGUGUCUGAACUCUGGAACAUUAGCUGAAGCCAAACUCACCUCUGUGCAGUGGUCAGCCUUAGUGUAUUUCUUGUUGACAGAGCAAACGAGCGAUGUGUUUGAGCUGAAUAAAUUUGUUGGAAGAGAAAAUGCAUCGGAUAAAGACGUUCAGAAGCUGCUUCCUGUGAUUAAAGAAUCCAGAUCAGCACAUUUGGAUGGCUGUAAUAUCACAGCUAAAGGUUGUGCUGCUCUGGCUUCAGUUCUGAAAUCAAACCCCUCAAACCUGAGAGAACUGGAUCUGUCUGGGAAUAAAAUACUAGAUUUGGGCAUGAAGCAUCUCUCUGAUGGACUUAAGGAUUCUCACUGUAAACUGGAGAGACUAAAGUUGAGAGAUUGUGGGGUCACAGGUGAAGGUUGUGCUGCUCUGGCUUCAGCUCUGAAAUCAAACCCUGAACACCUGAGAGAACUAGAUCUGUCUGAGAAUAAACUAAGAGAUUCAGAAGUGAAGUUACUUUCUGAUCUAAAAGAUGAUCCAGAUUAUAAACUGUCAGAACUAUACUAUUGACUGAGUAUAUAGACAUCAAUCCUGUUUCCUCAGGAUCAGCUGAUGUUGAACAAGGACCUGAUACAGAGACGUCACAAUCAGCAGAGACUGAAAUAAUUAUCAACCUAGCACCUGUGUAUUUUACUUUAUAUUUCUCAUGGAUUGAUGUAAGACCAUUACAUUACCAGCCGGCUGGUUUUGAAAUAGCAUACUAUUCCUUCUAUUUCUGCUAAAUAAAGAUAAUAUUGCAGAAAUAGUACAAGUAAUUUUAUGAUACUGUAGAUAGAUGCCAUUUCUUUUGUAAGUCUUGUUUGUUCUCUGUUUUGGGGUUAGAGUUAGAGAAGUUAAGAUGCUUUUCUUUUUAUGUAUUUAAUUUCUUUUAAGUAAUUUAGCGGGUUUUAGUUUAGCUAUUUUAGCCUGGUCCAUUGCUGAAGUCAAUCAGUAUAUUUAGGGGCCAAGCACCGAAGGUGCGUAGGCACCUAUUGUAAUUGUUCCCAUUCCUAUUAUUAGGGGCCAAGCACCGAAAGGUGCGUAGGCACCUAUUGUAAUCGUUGGCGUUAUUAUUAUUAGGGGCCAAGCUCCAAAGGUGCGUAGGCACCUAUUGUAUCUGUUAGGAUUCUUAUUAUUAUUCUGGUCCUUUUUCCGCCACAAGUCUACAGCAGCCAAUGAACCACUUACGGGAAAGUUGUGCAAUUUGGCACACUCAUAGAGGACGUUAUCAACAUUAACUACAGCACGGUUAGAGACUCUGACUCCAACUCUCUAGCGCCACCACUUGUCCAAAGAUUAAAUGUUUCUAUAAUAAUACGUUUUGAACCAUAAGCCACAAAAGUACAAUUAUUUUUCCUCUGAAUCCUUGGCUCAUGCCAAGCCGAAUGAACACCAAAAUUCAAUUUUUUUUGCUAUUUAAAAUUUAAAAAAAAACCUACUUUUUCGAACUCGUCCUAGACGGUUAGUCCGAUUGCCACGAAAACUGGCUCAGAUCAUCUUCAGACUAUGCUGUCAAAAAGUUAUGGAAUUCAAGUUGAUUCGUCUAACCGUUCUCGAAUGACACGUGAACAAAUUUGACGAAAAGCAUGCAAAAAUGCAUGUGAGGCUAUAUCACGGCAAUGGUUUGGUAUAUUGAGACCAAACGUGGUGUGUGUUAUAAUAACCAUUAUUUGAGACUACCGGAGAUAUGAAAAAUGCAUAUUUUGGCUUAUAACUUUUGAACGGUUUGGCCAAAAAUCACACAACUGGUCUCUUUAGAUUCAGUCUGUCAUGUCGAGUCAAAUGAUAUCCAAUUUUCCUGUGUCGGCCAUUUUAGGCGUCGGCCCUUUUGAAUUAUGUUUUAAAAAUGCUGUAUUUUUUGAACGCAGCAUCAUAUCGUUACGAAAAUAAUUACAAAAAUAUUCGGCUCUAUGCCCUGAAGGUACUCGAAAAGUUUGGUGGCAGCGCCACCUUGUGAUCAAGAGUUAUAAUAAAAUAUCACUAAAAUGCUAAUAACAUUUGAAAAAAUUAGAUUAUUGAAAUGAAAAUAGUCUCCCUACAUUCUUUGGGUCAUGCCGACAGCAUCGAUACCAAUUAGGCGAAAAUUGGCCAUACUUCCUGUCCGCCAUUUUGAUUAAUGUUGAAAACCUACUUUUUCAAACUCCUUCUAGACCGUUAGUCCAAUUUUCACCAAAUUUGACAUGGAUCAUCUUCAGACCAUGCUGACAAAAAGUUAUGGAUUUUGUGUUGAUAUACAAAACGGUUUUAAUUUAGCGCAUCAAGAAAUUUGCAUUUGAGGCUGUAUUUCUGCAAAGCUUUGGAAAAAAAAAAAUCUUAAUUUCACCAAUUAUCUCAAUUAAAUUCAGAGUUAUAGAUAUUUAUAUGAAAAAACACGUAAAAAAUGACUGACUCUUGACUUUGAUUGAAUUUUACUACCCCUUACUAUCAAUAUUUUCGCAUUUGGGCAUUGGCGUAUAGCUCUCUACCUAUUUUUCUGAACUUCUGACGGUGGUUUCGUCUCGAUCGGACAAGCGGUUUCAAAGAUAUAGCCAAAUAGUUUUUAACCUGUUAGCCAGCACCCCCCAUUAUGGAACUCACAUAUGAAAGUGCUCUACCUAACUUAUAAUUGUAGCAGUUUUCUACUUCAGUGUGUUACAAACAUAAUUUUGGUGUCUUUGAAAGAAGACACUUUGGGCUUUACUUUUUAUCAACCAGAUUUGAUAAUGCUCAAAAAUAUUAAAAGUUAUAGACACUGAAGUGCCUUGAAAUGGCACUUCUAAUGUGAUCUAAAAAUACAUGAAAUGAGUCCUGGAGCAAUCUAGAAAAGUAAUGAGUUGGAAGCCACAUGCCUCAUGAGUUUCUAUUUCAAAUCUGAAUAAAAUAUCAUGUAAAAUGAAUAUGUCUACACCCCCCACCCCCCAAAUAUAAGAAAAUAUAUUUCCCAAUAGUAUUGAAGGCUUCUACAAACUAUUUAGUCAGUAAACAUACCACUGCAUAGUUUUUACAAUUAUAAAACAUAAGACAGAAACUUAGAUAUAGAUCAUAUAAGUUAUUUAUUUUAUCACUAAAAAAAUACAAAAAGAAUAAUUUGAGUAAGAAAAAUAAGAAUAAGAAAAAAAAAGAUCUAACUUUGUUUGGGAAUUACAGAAAAUCCUGAGAUUGUUAGAAAUGCAGUAUUUACAAUGAAUUACGAUGCAAAUAAGUGCUGAAGUGCUGAUGGACCGCCUCCAUCAGCUGAGAGGUGCGUCAGAGCGCAUCACGAGGGAGCGCCAAAUUCAAAUAAACUAUCUUUCACCUAUCUUUCAUUUGUUCUUUUUUCCGGUCGAUCGCCUCAUUCUGUUUGUGACACUGUACGCUGCAAAACCCUGCUGUGUUUUUACUACCAAGAUGCAGUUUCCGACCAUGAGUUAUUUCAUAACGGACACAAACAGUUCUGUCGCUGAAGAACUGAAACGUAAACAAAGGAAUUAUGAUCCAUAUUACAUCGUUAUUGCUUUGUUGGACUAAACGCGCUUCAUGAGAUGUCGUUCACUGGACCCUUACCUUUUUGUAACUAAACCGGGAUUUACAGCUGUGGAUGUGUUUAUGACUCGUUAUUACGAUGGAUCUGGUAUGUACAGCAUUUCUAAUGUUCAUGUUUUUAUGUGUUCUGCUUACACAAAUGUAGCAAAUACAGUCUUUAUAAGCUUUCCAUUGAAAAACAGCGCUCUGUCGUCGAUGCUUGAGGCUUAGAUCUUUAUAAUGAUACAUAGAUUGUCAAGAUUAAAUUUGUCCCGUUUCAUUUAAUCUAUUCAUAAACACUGACACGUGCGAGUUGAGUGGCUUUGAGGACGAGGGCGUCGGUAUGCAGGCUAAGUCACGACGCUACACAAACCGUAAGGCAAAACCUAGCAUGUUUGGUUUCGUAGGACUCGGUAAGGUUUCUCAAGUAGAAUUAGAAGAUUUGUGUGAAAAUAAGUCAACCACACCCAAAGUUAUAAGCAUUUUAAAAAAGAAAUUCACCACUAGAUGGCGCUGUUUCGAAACUUCUCACGCUCUUUCAGGACAUUGUCCUGAUGAUCCAUACCAUGUUUCGUAACAAUCCGUUGAUGCGUUCUUAAAAUACAGCAUUUUAGCACAAAAUUGUCGACAGUCAAAAUGGCCAAAAUGGUAAAAUUGGAUAUCGAUAAUACAUACGAUAAAUCGCUGCAGAAAUACAGCCUUACGACUGUUUUUGCAAGCUCUACGUAAAAUUUGUUCAAGCGUUUAUUGAAAACAGGUUGACGAAUCAAUUCGAAUUCCAUAACUUUUGGUCAGCAAUGUCUGAAGAUGAUCUGGUUCAAUUUUCAAACAGUCUAGGACGAGUUCGAAAAAGUAGUUUUUUUUUAAAUUCAAAAUGGCGGCCAUAAAUGACUUCAUAGGGUGCAAUCGAAUCUUCAUGAGCUCAGGAAUCAGGGGAAAUAAUAAUUUUGUUGAUUGGCCUUACUGUUAAAGUUAUUAACAAAAUAAAAGUGGAAUUUUGGACAGUUGGUGGCGCUAGACGGAAUGACUUGGACACACCAAAAUUGGUGUACUUAAUGUUGGCAUUGUCCUCUAUCAGAAUGUCAAACCAAUACAACUUUCCCGCAAUCGGUUAUAUGGGCUGCCACAGACUCCUAGUGGAAGAAGGAAUAAUAAUAAUAAAUUUAGAUAACAAUUACGGGGCCAAGCACUCCACCGGCAAAUUGAGGAGCUAAGCAUGGCAUGUAGAAUCACACAAAGUCCAACAAUUAGCAAUUAAACCAAUUUUAGGAUGAUUGUAAUUGAAAUGGCUGAAAAAUCAUAAAUACAACCACUAGUAAUAAGAUUAAAUGGCCUAUCACCUUUGACCAACAGGUGGUAAUGUAAUAAAAUCAUUUUAGUGUGUUCUGUGUGAAAUGACAAUAGGUUUAGUGUCAAUAUGCUAAAGCAGGGCAGAGAUACAGCCUGAAGUGUCAUUUUGGCAUGAUGCCUCAAUUUUGUCACGGCAGUAUGCGAAAACGGUUUAGUCUAUUGACACAAAAUCCAUAACAUGUUGUCAGCACAGUCUGAAGGUCAUUUGAUUCAAAUUUGGUGAAAAUCGGACCUAAGGUUGAGUAGUUCGAAAAAGUAGGUUUUCAUCAUAAAUCAAAAUGUCGGACCAGAAAUUCAGCUUAAUCUGGCAUAUUUGGUAUCUUAUAUACUUUUAGACCAGUUUCAUUCCAAUAGGCUGAUGCAUUAAGUUAUUAGCAUUUUUAAAAGUGUAAUUUUGACAAAAUGUAAACAAAAGUGUAAUUAUUCAUGGUUAAUGAAGGGUUUAUUACUCUUGACCAAUAGGUGGCGCUGUUACCAAAUUUAUGUGGUCUGGUCAGUGUGAGGUGACGAUGACACAUACAAAGUUAGGUGCAAAUAUGUCAUAUGUAUGGGCUCACUCCGAGGACACAUAAAAAAAACGGUGGGACUGUGCCUCUUGGUGGGGCUAUAAUAGAACAAAACAUGAAAUUCCCGUUCACUUCAAUACAGUUUUGUGAAAUAAAAUGCUAUACUAAACAAAUGCAUUGGUGCAAUAUUACGAAUCUAGGUAUAAUCUAGGUAUUCCAACAUUUAGUAAUAUGUUGUUAAAAUCGAAAGUUGCAGCAGUGUUAUUUAAUGAGCUAACAUGAACUAAGACUUGUAUUUUUUAAAAAGUUCUUCUUUAGCAAAUGUAGCUAUUGCUUAUUAUUUAGCUGUGCAUUUACUGAAUGAGUACUAUGCGAUGUCCGAACUGAUUACACUACAUUUUAUGUAUUGCACAUUGAUAGGUAAAAAUUGAUAGCCUGAAUGCACUGUAAGACACUUUGGAUAAAAGUGUCUGCUAAAUGCAUAAAUUUAAAAUUUUAAUUUAAAUCAUUUUCUAUUUUUAAACAGUGUUAAAUUCUCUUUAAGACAUUUUCAAAGUUCUUAAAUUGCUUGUUUUAUUGUUGUGAUUAUUUUUCUUCAUGAUUUUUUUACUUUGGUUUUUACUUUCUUGCUUAUGUAAAGCACUUUGAAUUACCAUUGUGUAUGAAUUGAGCUAUAUAAAUAAACUUGCCUUGCCUUGAA